AUGAACUUUUUCAAGAAUUUCAUUUGGAACGAAGUAGAAAGCAGUCCAUUUUUCACGGCUUCAUGGGAGCCAAGAUACCUAAAAAAGCUUUUAGUUAUUUUUAGUAUCGGAAUUUCUUGUUUUGUUUCAUUUACAGCGUUAUUUAUUUCAUCAACCAUUUCUCUACCAAUUCACAAUGAAGGCACAAAAUAUUACAUCGAAUUGAACGACUUUUCAUCAAUUUCACAGCCAUAUUUAGUAAUUAUUUCUCCACCAAUCUCAAAAAGACUUAAUAUUUCAUCAAAUGGGGUAUUUUUAUAUAAAAUAAAUGGAACAAAAUAUACUUUCGGUACUCUCUACAAGUUUAGUGACAUUCACCCAAAUAUUCGUAUUGAUUUUAACACUUCGAAGAAAAUUACACAAGCAGUAGUUCGUGUUCACAUUCCUAUAGUUAAAUACGCAUCAGCUCUUAUCAAAAUUGCAACUUUUUUAGUUACAGCUGCAUGUCUUUUCCUUUCAUACAAAUCUUCAAGCAUCAGACCAUUUCUUUCACAAUAUUUCCUCAUAUUCUUAUAUUCCUUGUUUAAUUUACCAUUUUUCAGCUUCGAUACUUUAAUUCGGUCAAUUAUUACUAUGACUUUCUGGUUUGGCUUCAUAUCUGUAUCCUUUUUACAAGUACGAAUUCUCUCGUCUAAUAUCCCUACGAUUUUCUCUUCAUUAUUUGUUUUAAUCGGAUUGUGCUCAUUUUCUACAAUUAUGACCUAUUUCAACUCAAAUUUCUUCUACAUUUCGAUAUUACUUGUUGUCGGCCUUGUUGCAGCUUCAAUUUACCUGUUUUACAUCGGAACCGCAAUUUUGAGUCAAUUUUUAUUGGCUGUUCAUUUUGGAUGGAUGUGGACAAUUGGUUUGUGCAUAUACUUUGCUAAUAUACUUAGGAAUAUGAGUAUUACCUUUCAGACAUCGUUUUUCGUUGAUGUAAUGAAUUCUGUCAUUGUUUCUGUUUUCAUUGUUUUCCAAUCUAUUUAUUUGAUUGGAGAGCCAGUCAAAGCGAAGAUUCCUGAAGCUCCUCUCGAUCAGGCAGCAAAGAUCAACAGAAUUGAUCAACUUCUUGAGAAACUCGCCGACAAAGAAGAAAACGGAUCAAGGAAAUUCUAA